CCUGGGAGUCCGGGGUCCCCGGGAGGAGCUCAGGCUCGACUUUCUUUCGGAGGAAACACGCACAAAAGCCAAAAACCGGCGCCGAGCCCGCAAGCCUGCCCCGUAAGCUCUUCCGCCAGGACUGCGUGUCCGCUCGGGGUUGCUACGGAGGUGCCUCCUUCUCCCAGGGAGCUUAGCGCGGCUUGGUAUGGCGGCUCCCAGCAGCCGCUGGGCGCACAUGGGUUUUCGCCUCGCGUAGGGAAAAGCGGGCGCGUUUUCUCUCUCUCUCUCUCUCUCUCUCUCUCUCUCUCUCUCUCCCCGCCUCCUUUUCCUUUCCAGGCAUCGAAUAACGGGGAACAUGCGAGCGCUGGAGCGAGUGUUACUCAGGGGCUUCCCCAGCGCGGCGGAAUCCCCGCGGUGGAAACAGAGCGAGGCGGCUUCGGCGGCAGAAAGUGGAUCAUUAUUGCAGUUGUUGUUGGAAGGGAAUUAUGAGUCCAUCUUUCUAAGUAAAGCAGUCCAGAAUGUCUUCACCAUAUCUUCAGGAAAAGAAGACACCAUUGAAAACUACCUGGAAAAGCAGAUACAAGCUUACCUAGAUUGUUCUUCAGCAGACAUUGAUUCUAUUGAAAGGCAAAGUGUGGUGUUCCUCCUUGGUGUAGGGAGCUUACAGCUGUUUGCCCAGAGCAACUGGACUGGACCUCCUGCUGACUUACAACCUCAGGAUUUUCUUCCACUUGAAAUACUGCAACAAUAUAAUGAGGCCAGUGCAUUGUCAACUGCUGUCUUAGGGAUGAUGGUUCUAGAUGGUGAAUCAAUAUACAGCUUGGCCUCCCAACCUAUCUUGUUGAUGCUGGCUAGAGUCAUCCUUGUGAAUUCCAGAAAUAAGCUAGAAGCUAUUCAGACAUUGCCCUGGUGGACACUGCGAUGUAUUAAUCUCCACCAGCAGCUGCUAGAAGAAAAAUCACCUGAACUCUUUGCUGUUGCCCAGGCCUGUAUACAAAAAGUUUUUGAAAUUGAGACUUUAUUCAACGAUGAUGAAUGUUGGCAUCUUGCUGUUCAAUUUCAUCUAGAAUGUGCUUACACAUUUCUGAAUUAUUACGAGUAUAAAAAAGCCAAAGAACAUUUCCUUGCAGCUAAAGACAUAACUAAGUUACAGAUUGAGUUGACAGGUGCUCUGGGAAAAAGAACAAGAUUUCAGGAAAAAUAUGUAGCCCAACUGAUACUAGAUGUUCAGAGGAAAGAUAACAUCCUCCUUCCUUACCGAGAACUUAGUCCAACACCUACUCCACUAGAAGAUUUAACUAAGAAUUAUGCUUUAGAUGAUGACACCGUACUAAAUGAAAUAAAGUUUGAAGAAUCUCAUCAGAACCAGAUGCCUGACCUCUGUGCAGAAGAACUUGCUGUAAUCCUUGGCGUUUGUAUAGAUUUUCAGAAAAACAAUCCUGUCCAUAAACUCACAGAAGAGGAGCUGCUUGCUUUUACAUCAUAUCUGCUCUCACAACCAAAGUUCUGGGCAAUCCAAACCUCUGCUCUUCUUCUACGAACAAAACUUGAGAAGGGAAGUAUUCGUCGAAUGGAACGGGCAGUGAAGCAGACCCAGGCACUUGCAGACCAAUUUGAAGAGAAGAAAACAUCAGUUUGUGAACGUAUGAAGAUAUUUUACAGUUGCCAGGUUCCUCCACACUGGGCCAUUCAGCGUCAACUUGCAAGCUUACUCGUUGACCUUGGAUGUACCACUUCAGCUCUGCAGCUCUUCAAAAUGCUUGAAAUGUGGGAAGAUGCUGUUAUCUGUUAUGAAAGAGCAGGCCAGCAUGGGAAGGCAGAAGAAAUUUUAAGACAGGAGCUAGAGAAGAAAGAGACAGUAGGAUUAUACUGCCUGCUUGGAGAUGUUCUUAAAGACCAUUCAUAUUAUGACAAAGCUUGGGAACUGUCCAAUCACCGCAGUGCCAGGGCUCAGCGCUCAAAGGGCCUCCUUUACCUUCGCAACCGGAAUUUCAGAGAAUGCAUAGAGUGCUUUGAGCAUUCUGUGAAGAUUAACCCAAUGCAGUUGGGGGUGUGGUUUUCCUUAGGCUGUGCCUAUUUAGCAUUGGAAGACUAUGAAGGUGCUUCCCGGGCUUUUCAGCGCUGUGUGAUGUUGGAACCUGAUAAUGCGGAGGCUUGGAACAAUCUAUCUACGGCAUAUAUCAGAUUGAAACAGAAAAUUAAAGCAUUCCGGACUCUUCAGGAAGCUCUCAAGUGUAAUUAUGAGCAUUGGCAGAUUUGGGAAAAUUACAUUCUAACCAGUACAGAUAUUGGAGAAUUUUCAGAAGCCAUUAAAGCUUAUCACAGGCUUAUGGACUUAAAAGAAAAAUAUAAAGAUGUUCAGGUGCUUAAGAUUCUGGUAAAAGUAGUCAUGGAUGGCGUAAGUGACCGAAAUGGGGAGACAGCCAAAGGAUUAAAAGGAAAACUGCAGGCCCUCUUUGGCAGAGUGACUUCUCGAGUGACAAGUGAUGGAGAAAUCUGGAGAUUAUAUGCCAAGCUUUACGAAAAUGGGCAGAAUGAGAACUGCGAAGACAUAGAAAAGGCAUUGCAGUAUCUCACCAAAGCAUACAAAUGUGAAAUCCAAUCAGGAGACUGGGACAGAGAUACUUCCUCUUUUAAGAAAGUAGCCAGAGAUGCUCUAGAACUUGCACACGUCGCUAUGAAAUGCAGCAAAAUGAAAACUAAUUACCAAGAAGCCUUGCCAAUACUGUCUUCUGCCCGACUCAACUUGCGUGGUUUGGUUGCCAAAGCAAAGCAAAAUUUUGCAGAUGCUGUAAGUGAUGAAGUUUCCAGUGACCUCGCUGAAGAAAUGGCAGCAAUGGAGAAUUUGAUGAUGGAAUUGCAAGAAGUUAGCAACCAGCUAAGGAAUCAGACUUGAGAAAAAGAAGAUCCGAUUUCUUGGAAAGACGGAAGGGCACGGCUGGCACGCUUCACCAGUUUUAGCUUAUACUGAUGAGCAUUCAGUAAAUCAAAGACUCAAAAGCAUCUUUUAAAUAAAUAUUUCUCCAUACCAUACAACCAUUACUAUUUGCCAACAAGUUUUUCUGGUUAUAUUUGUUCUUUCUCAGUUAUGUGUGAUUUGCAUUGGCUUGGAUUUUAUGGAACAAUUUGUGCCUGCUUUUUUAUUUAGGAUCCUUUUUUCUUUAAGAUUAGAUCUGCCCCUCUGCAAAAGUAAUUGGCUUCUGUCCAUAGUUGUGCACUUUAUGGCUAUGAACAAUUGGAGAGUUCUGUUCGUGGUGGAAUUGGGAAGGAAAGGGCUAUUUGAUCUGAUUGUGUCAACAGGAACCUGGAAAUAGGGAAGGGGGAAUAAAAAAUGGAAACAACUGUCUUCUGGGAUUUUUAAAGCAAGAGAACCCAGUUGUAUUUUCUUUAGCUUAUGCUUUUCAAAUACAAGUAUUCACACACAAAGUAACACUUGCCAAGAAAGUUAGUGCUAAUCAUCUUCAAUUUAUGGCCACAAUUGAGCUCAAAAUCUAUGUUGCUAAGUGAGACAUUUCUUAAGUGAGUGUUGCUCCAUUUUACGACCUCUCUUGCCACAUUUGUUAAGUGAAUCAUUGCAGUUAUUAAGUUAGUAAGAAGUUUGUUAAGUGAAUCUGGCUUCACCAUUGAGUUAGCUUGUCAGAAGGUUGCAAAAGGUGAUCACUGCAACCAUGAUAAAAAUGAGUCAGUUGCCAAGCAUCUGGAUUUUGAUCAUGUGAAUCUGAAUUUUGUUCACGUGACCAUGGGAUGCUGCACUGGUCGUAAGUGUGAAAAACGGUUAUAAGUCACUUUUUUCAGUGCUGAUGUAACUUUGAACAGUCACUAAAUGAACUAUUGUAAGUUGAGGACUACCUGUACAAGACCACUUAUAGCUUCAUUUCCAUAAACUAGGUGUGUGUAUGUGUAUGUGUGUAUUUGUGUGUGUGAGAGAGAGAACACAAGCAUGGACCUAGCAACACCAAUAUCGGCAGCUUUGCCUGGGCUGGAAUUGAAUACUAGCUUUGUAUCUUCAGUCAUCUAAAAAUGGAAGAUAAGGUCUCCUUUGUUAGAUUGGUCCACCACACUCAGCCUUAAUAUAGUUGCCAUGGGUUAGCUUAAUAUGUGGUAUGUACCAAACCAAUUGUGACUUACAUAACAAAAGAUGAGUACAUUUUGAUUUAGUCCAGAAAUGUGCAACUUCUCUCAAAAGUGGAUUGGGUCAGAGCUGAUAGCUAGUAGCUAUUUUAAGGGCAAAAUCUUGCCCCAUGCCAAAAAACAAAUCUGAUCUGGAAAUCUGUGGGAGUAGUAAAAGGGGUUUAGACUAGAGUCAGGCUGCAUACAUCCCAUAAGCUGUCAUUUCUGCCUCUCUGGCUUGGUACGAAAAGCUUUUCCUUGCUUGGCAUGAUACAAUGAUUCUAUUUGUUUAUUUCUAACAAUUGAUCUUCUAACUAUAGUGCUGCCGAAUGUGAAAACUUUAUGCUAUUGUAAUUAACAGCCAUUAAUGUAACCUCUUUGUUUACAAAAAUAUAUUGGCAUUUGUGUGAUCAAUUCUGUAACUUGGAUUUACAUUGUACAAAUAAGUAAUUUUUGUAUUCGUCCUAAAUUUACUGUUUGUUCCAAAUUUUGUAUUCAUAUCCUGUCCAGAUAUUCCAGCUCAGUUGCUUUUUUCUUUCAUAGAUCAAAGCCCACAAUUUUUAUUGAUUACAGUACUGAAUUGUUCAUUUGUAUCUUCUCCAGCUUCAUCUUAGUGGAGAUUGGCUGGCCAGAGUGUGGUACUCAGCAUAUAAUGGAGACUUGUCUUACUUUUAAUGAAAACUAGUAGAAAAUACAUAGAAUAUUCUUCGCUUUAUGCUCUUCCCCUUAAAUGAAGAAUUUAAACAAGUACUAUAAAAUUUGAAUAGCUGAAAUCAAACAGCCCAAGCUGUCAUACUAUACAAUAUAGGAAACCUUCUCCAUAAAUACUUAGAAUGAUAUAUAAAUAGCUACUUCAAUCAACAAGAAAUUCAGGCAUGAUUCAAAUGCUUACUCACUAUAGAAACAUUUUUGCUAAUCAUUCCUGAUGAUACUAAUAAAAAGUUAGAAAUACUAUAAUUCUAUUUUUCAUUCAGCACCUAUUCUAUAGGGCUAAUCAUAAUUGUUCAAUUCAGAUUUUGAGCAAAUAUUUCUAUAAUUUAGUUCGUUGAAUAGGAUGCCAAAUGGGCAUCUUUUUAGUUGUUAAUUCUUAGAAAGGUAGAUUAGGUUUCCUAAAACUUUUGAAACUUUUUGUUAAAUAAAACAGUAGUCUAAGCAUUAGCAGGUGACCGGAAAAAUAAUACAAUAGAAUACAAUUGAGACAAAGUAUUUGAAAUAUUUUUUAUACUCAAUAUUAACAGCAAAAUUACUUCUCUGGUUAAAAUCCUGAAUUGUCUGAACUGCAUUUUCUUUUAAUGUGACUGACUCUUUUGGCUUCCAGAUAACAGAGAACAAGGAAAUAAAGUCACAAGGUGUGAGAAAGGAGGUGAAUGGUCCCCUUUUCAAUGGAGCUACCUUAGUUUUCUUUGUUAUCUGGUCAUGGAUCUCUUGAUAAAUCAUUCACCUUUAGAUAAUGUUAGGCUGGGCCCAGUGUGCGAACAUUCCUGAUAUUGUUUGCAAGAGUGAUUAUGUUACAUUAUCAUUGGUGAACUCAUUUUUAGUAAAGUUCCAACAAUAGAAAUAUGUGUUACACAAGUCUACAAAGGAAGUAGGAUCAUUUCCUCUUUAUUGUGAUAUAAUGGUUUUAAAUCUUUCACAUCUCUGCCAAGAAUAGACAUUGAGCAUGAUAGAUAGUUGGCAGGGCUUUGAUGCUCAAAAAUUAUCUUACAUGUUUGAAAGAGGAAGUGGAAAAAUGUGCAAAAAUAAUGGCAUUGACCUUUUUUUUAAAAUUUUAUGUUUAUAUUUUAAAAAGACAUCCAUGAAUAAAAGUAGUUGUACAAAAGAGUAUUGGUGAAGAAAUUGACCCACAAAAUGAAUUUAAUUGAAUGUAUAUGACAUUCCUUCAUGAUGUAAUUUAAUCCUAAUAACAAGCCAUUAAAGAGGCAAAAUAAUUUAUUGAAAGAUUGCCAUUAAUUACCCAUACUUGAAAUCUGCAGAACAUGGUGAUUUCUUUUCUUCUGCAAAUGAAAUAUCCUAAACUAUUGAAUAGCUUUUUGUCAAUGAGGUUAAAGCAUUUAUUCAAAGUUUUUAAUUGAGUAAAAGCGAGAGGCCAUGAGUUCCAGUCCUGCCUUACCCAUGAAAGCCACCUGGGCCAGUCACUCUCUCUCAGACCAACUCGCCUCGCAGGGUUGUUGUGAGGAAAAUAGGAGGAGGAAGGUGUGUUGUAUAUAUUUGCUGCUUUAUUCUUUGUAAAAACAAUAAAGGCAGGAUACAAAUAAAUAAAAGGCAAUUUAUCAUGA